AAUAGUCUGUCAAUGUCAAAAUAAUCAAUAGAUUUCGUUUUGUAGAUUUUUGGGCACAAAAAUUUAAUUAAUGGGAUAAAUUGUAAAUUAAUCAUUAGGGCCUCUAAAGACACAAACAUACACCAAAAUGCGGAUAUUUAUACUACCAUUCUUAGUUGUUACCGCAGUUUUAUUGCGUGUACAUUCUGCGAUAGAGAUCCCCGAGAGCUUCCAGAAGUCGAACCAUACGAAUAACUGGGCGGUUCUGGUCGAUACAUCCAGGUUUUGGUUCAACUAUCGCCAUGUAGCGAAUGUGCUGUCUAUUUACCGCAGUGUGAAGCGGCUAGGCAUCCCAGACAGCCAGAUUAUACUGAUGAUAUCGGACGACAUGGCGUGUAACCCGAGGAACCCGAGACCGGCCACGAUAUUCAAUAAUGCGCACGAACAAAUCAAUGUUUAUGGGGAUGAUGUUGAGGUUGAUUACAGAGGAUAUGAAGUAUCAGUGGAGAAUUUUGUCCGUCUCCUAACUGGAAGAGUUCCUCCUAACACUCCCAGAUCAAAGCAGUUACUUACCGAUGAGGGUAGUAACAUCCUCAUCUACCUCACUGGUCAUGGAGGAGACGGUUUCCUCAAAUUCCAAGAUUCUGAGGAAGUCACCAGCCAAGAGUUAGCUGAUGCUUUGGAGCAGAUGUGGCAAAAGAGGAGAUACAAUGAGAUAUUCUUCAUCAUAGACACCUGCCAGGCGUCAUCUAUGUAUGAGAAGUUCUACUCGCCGAACAUCCUUGCUACUGCCAGCAGCUUGGUGGGAGAAGACUCCCUUUCACAUCAUGUAGAUUCUGCGAUCGGCGUGUAUAUUAUUGAUCGCUACACUUACUAUGUGCUGGAGUUCUUAGAGAAUGUGCAUCCCAACAGCCAGAGGACUAUGUCUGAGUUUCUAGCGGUGUGUCCAAAGAGCGCUUGCUUGUCCACCGUCGGUGUGCGACGGGACCUCUUCAAACGGGACCCCAGUAAGGUGCCCAUAACGGAUUUCUUCGGGUCGGUCCGGCCUGUCGUCAUCACCACAGACCCCAUCGAUAUUAUCGACAUUCCUAAGAGGAAGAAGUCAGUGAACAAACAGAACAAAACACUGUCGCUGAGUAGGCAUUACUCUCCGCAGUUCCCUCAAGUAUCAAGAGUUAGCAGUCCCGGGGGGAUUGAUGGCGGUACUGUGAUAUAAAGUAUAAACAUAAUUUAUUAUACAUAGUCUAUGAUAUAUUGAUAUACUUAGAUAAUAAAGUUGGUUUUAAAUUAAAAAA